AUGGAGCUACCGGUAGCGGAGGUGUGUCCAUGCAAACGUGACAACUCGGCGAUUGGUGACAAAAGCCUCCCGAACCAUCUGCUCCGCUGCCAGGAUGGGGGGGAUGCGGUUAGGACCCACAACGCCCUGGUGUUCGCGGCGCUGCGCAUGGCCAAUGAGGCAGGUUACAAGACGUUCCAUGAAACCUCAGCCUUCUCGCCGCCGGUAAUGAGGAAGCGGGCCGACUUAGCCAUUCGGGAUGAGGAGUCGGGAGAGACGUGGGUGACGGAUGUCACCGUGACAGACCCGGUGCUGCAAAACAGGGACAGCAGGGCCCGCAAGCCGCCAGGGUGGGCAGCGGAGGAGGCUUCACAGAGGAAGCACCGACUCUACGAGGGGAGGCCGAGCUACGCGGGGUUUUUUGGGCUGGCAGUGGAGACAUAUGGGGCAAUGGCCGCGGACACGGUUCAGUUCCUCCGCAUGCUGGCCAACCACGCAGCAAAAACCAAGUUCCGGAAGGGGCGGCUUACAACCACGGCUGCCCGGCUCAACGCGCACUACCGUCAGAGGUGGUCGGUGAUGCUGCAGCGUAGCCAGGCCAUCUCCCUUCUGUCCAAGUCCAACCGCGCGGCAGAAGCAGCUUUCCCACAGACGGCGGCUGACCCCUGGGUGCCAAGUUAA